AUGAUCCUCGACACGGCUUCUCCGUCAAAAAAAACGCGGGAAAGCACAUCCAAAGUCCGAACCGGGUGCAGCACCUGCAAGGCUCGCCGCAUAAAAUGCGAUGAAGCGAAACCCGUUUGUCGACGAUGCGCCGUCGGAAGCCGGACGUGCGAGUACAAGUCGACAAGUCCAGGACGACCACCACAUCAACAUGUAAUCACCGUUUAUGUGCCUCCUACGAAAAGUCAACCGGCAUUCUUCGAAAACACAAGUAGCCUUGAUUUCUUUCACACCAAUAUCGGCACGAUACUUGACGGACAGUUUGACUCGGAGUUUUGGAGGAAGCUUGUACCGCAACUAUCACACUCGGAGCCGUCAAUCCGACAUGCAGUAUCGGCAGUUAGUGCCGUCUAUCGCGAUGUUGAGUCAUCAUUGCGGCAUCCGUCAGGAUUCGUGAAGGCCAGCCCCGAGGCUCAGCGGGAAUGGAAGCUCGCACUCAAGAGCCUCUCCACUCGAAUUCGGACGAACCCAAACUCCAACCUGGUACCUUUGGUCUGCUGUCUCUUAUUCACGUGCAUCGAGUUCCUCAGGGGCGAUGCCGACUUAUCAAUGCUUCACAUCCACAAUGGGUUCAACAUCCUCGCCCCCCUCCGACCCAACAGCGGCGCCACACCGGAGACAGGGUCCAGGCCCCCCUGCAACGAUCUCAAAGUGAUUGAAGAUCAUAUCUUUCCGAUGUUCUCACGCCUGGGCAUCCUCUCCUGUCUCGCUGGCAGGUUUACCCCGCCAGUGUACUUGCAUAUGGUCGAGGAUGACUCUCCCCACAAAGACUUUGAGGACGCCAGGCGGCGGAUAUUCGCUACCGCUGACACCUGCAUUCGGUUCAUCAGCUCCGUCACCCCCAAGGCAGAUACCCUUCUUGUGGGUAUCGAUGACCUUGUUGAGCAAGCUAAGCUGCAAACCAGACUAGAAGCAUGGCGCACGCAAUUCGACGAUCUGUUGAAGCGGCUGCAGGCUGCCGGCAACCCGGCCAACCCAGAUGCAGUCAACAUCCUUUUGGUAAACUACAAGGUCGUCUACAUCUGGACACAAGUCUGCACUACAUCUCAGGAAACGGACACCGAUGUUUACCGAUCAGACUUUGACGAGUUGGUAACCUAUGCGGAACAAGUCAUCAAGCCUGGCAAGGAGAAGGCAGCACCGCAGCUCCUGUCAUUCGACGUCCAACUUCUGGCACCGCUGUUCUACGCCGCUCUGAAAUGCCGCCACUCAUCAAUACGAAGACGUGCCUUGGAAUUGCUCCGUCUGGCACCUCGGCGGGAAGGCUUAUGGAACGCGCAUCACGCAUACCUUACCGCUAAGCGAAUCAUCGAGCUGGAAGAACAGUCUCUUAGUGAGGAUGGAGCGUUGCCCGACGAGGCGUCGAGACUGUUCGGUCUCCCUCUGCCCGAUGACCAGUCGCGAGUCUACAAUUUGUGCGAGCUGCCCUUUGACUUUCGGGUGUUCGAUCAUAGCGUGGUGGCCAGCCCGACAUGCCCGGGCACGCUUGAGGCCAAGUUUCAGACGAGGCCGAUGGGUUUGUUUGGAGAGUUCCAGAAUUUUACUGAGUACAUCAAGUUAUGA